AUGGUGGGUCGAGGCUUGAAAACCGGUACGUUGAAUGUCAGAAGUUUCUGGCAAGCCAGUGUAGCUGACGAGGAACGAGCUAGGAGAGAAGCAAUCCGUUCCGCCUCAUCAAAGCCGUACAGCUUUCCACGAUGGCGGUCUUCAGACGCGCUAUCGGCGUCGCUGGUGGCGUCAAACAGCGUCGAAGUGCCGAAGGAUAGUCGCAUCCCAGAGCAAAGGCUGCAGAAGAUGAAAGAAACCGAGAGGCUAGCGGAAAUUCAUAAAGCCUAUAUUCAUGAACAAGUAGGACCGCCUCAAACUCUUCGUAAAGGGAAGAGCCUCGAUUCAUUGGUCCUCCAAGUCGAUCAUCAACCA